GCCAGAUUCUUGCCAAAUCUGUCGACGGAGCUUGCACCUUUGCAUGACCUGUUGAAAAAGGACGCCCCGUGGGAGUGGGGUGAAGACCAGGGAAAAAGCUUCACCAAGGUCAAACAGAUGUUGUUGCAAGAUAGGAUUCUCACACAUUUUGAUCCUGGGUUACCAGUAACACUUGCUUGCGACAGUUCAUCCUAUGGACUAGGCGCAGUCCUUUCACAUGUUUCCGGACGGUAGCGAACGACCCAUCGCAUAUGCUUCCCGUUCUCUAAGCGGGGCGGAGAAACAGUAUGCGCAAAUAGAGAAGGAGGCGCUUGCACUUUACUGGGGAGUAAAGAAAUUCAGACUGUAUCUGGAAGGGCACCGGUUUACACUGAUCACCGACCAUCAACCACUGAAAUUUAUUUUGAGCCCUGACAAGGCUAUUCCAGUCACCGCUGCAGCUCGACUACAACGCUGGAGUUUGUUUCUGGGAGCAUUUACAUACGACAUCCAGUACCGGCCAACAGGGCAACAUGCCAACUGUGAUGGACUAUCACGACUACCUGUGGAUGACGAGAUUCCAGAUCGAACAGAUGAUACAGCCAUUUUUUACAAUAGCAUUGUGGAUACCUUGCCGGUUACAGCAAAAGAUAUUGAAAGGGCAAGCAGACAAGACCGCCUCAUAUCUCAGGUCAUGGAGAUGGUGCAGCAAGGAGGGCAGUCACUGGAUACAGAAAAGGAACUGAUCCCGUUCAACAGGAGGAGAAACGAAUUGAUUACACAUCAGGGGGUCCUGAUGUGGGGAUCUCGAGUGGUGGUACCAACCAAGCUUAGAGCAAGGGUGUUGGAAACCUUGCAUGAGGGCCAUCCCGGGAUGGUGAAAAUGAAGGGUUUAGCUCGGUCAUUCGUGUGGUGGCCGGGCAUAGAUGGAGACAUUGAAAGAGAGGUUCGACACUGUGUAGGAUGUCAAGAGAAUGCGAGGACACCUGGUAGAGGGCCGCUCCAUAGAUGGGAGUACCCAGCUAAACCUUGGCAGAGGCUGCACGUAGAUUUUGCAGGACCCCUCGACGGACAGAUGUAUCUUUUGGUCAUCGAUGCAUACAGCAAAUGGCCUGAAAUUUUUUCCAUGAGAAGCACCGUGGCUGAGGAGACAGUGGCAACUUUGCGGACAUUGUUUGCUCGGUUGGGCCUACCUGACCAAGUAAUAUCAGAUAACGGUCCACAGUUUACAUCAGAGUGUUUCAGAAUGUUCAUGUGCAAGAAUGGUAUUCGACAUGUCACGGGGGCACCAUAUCAUCCCGCGACGAAUGGUCAGGCGGAGCGUUUGGUGCAAUCAUUCAAGAGAGCCAUGAAAGCAGAGAAAAGGGAGAGAACAGCACAACACAAACUGGAUAGGUUUUUGCUUUCAUAUCGGAACUCCCCUCAGGCCACUACGGGACAGAGUCCGGCUCAGCUUUUGUUGGGUAGAAACAUCAAGUCAAGACUGGACUUGGUUAAACCAAGUGUGGAACGGGAAGUCAACAGCAAACUGAUACAAAACGAAUAUCGUCCGCCAAAGGGUUUUGCCAAAGGACAAGCGAUCUGGUUUAGAAAUUACCAUCUGGGCCCCAAGUGGCUUGUCGGAACCGUCGAGGAGCAAACUGGACCGGUGUCCUACAGAGUGGCAACGCCUACCAGAACACACAGGUUACACGCGGACCAAAUGAGAUCAGGGCCACAUCCUGAGGGAGUCCCUAGCAAGGAUACAGGUUCAAAGACAGAAGAGGUAGCGUUGUCUCAGCCAUUACCAGGGCGAGAGCCAGUAACUGGGCAAGAGGGGGAAACACAGACACAACAAGAAAUGGACAGCAGACAGGAAGCUCCUAACGAAUGUCAGAUACCAGAGCCACCCACACCAGUACCAGAAGGAGGAAAUGCCACAUGUACCAGGUCAGGGCGGAGAGUACUACCACCCGCUCGCUUGGCAGAAUAUGUUACGGACUAUGCAAAGUGAUUGGUUGUUUUAGCACUAGUUUUAGCGCUGUUGGGUUGCGUUGUUUCAGAAUAGCACAGGGGGUGUAGAGUAGUGGCCCGGCAUAUCCGGGGAACAGCAGUUGUGUAGCCGGGUACUGUACUUGUGCAACGGACGUGAGACUGGAAGUCUAACAGAGUAUUACCGUGAGUACACAACAGUCGGCAUUCGUCAUAUACGGGGAACGGAUUAUCCGGGUAAGUAUUGCACGUGACUUGCACGUUACGGGAUUCACGUCGAAAUUAUAGAUGCCAGGUUCGAUACACCUGUUCUCCGCAACGGGACUGUCGAAAUGGCUUCAACGGGAUCAAUAAUCCAAUCAACGGGAUUUUUGAAACUGGACACGUGUCGAAUAGAUGCCAAGUUCGAUACACCUGUUCCUCGCAACGGCAGCAACGUCCAAGUCGAAAUGGCUUCAACCAAUCACUAAUCCAAUCAACGGGAUUUUGGAAACGGCAAUUGAACGGGAUACAACUAUCAAUGAGAAUUCUGUCUGGCUGCUACUAAACGGUAAAAGCACUUACACCACGGCUAAUUAGUGACAGUAAACGGUUACUGACAAAGUAUUACAGUCUACUGCGCCAAAACAUUACAGUCUACUAGCUGCGCAAUAUCCGGGAGUGCUAUACGAUUGCAAGUGUAUACGCGACAUUUUUCGUUGUUUUUGCAAUGCCUCCGAACAGACGGACUGGCUGAGGGAUGAUAACCAACACUCUAGAACAGAGAGUUUGGAAACCUACAAAGAUCUCUCUAUACAAACUGUACGUGACC